CCUUUAACCUGCAGGUCUGUUGUUCAUUCACAGAACGACAGCUAGCAUACAGUAUGGACAAACACCGAUCUCAAUUAUAAAGCUACACGUCUGUUUUAUUUAACGUUAACUAUCUCUACAAAUGCCUUGAACAUGGCUAAGGUUGUUUGGACGACGGCUUUCCUUUUAUACCUCUGGAGUGUUUUCAUACAGUUCAAUAGCAUUUCAGGUCUUGGGAUCAAUGAACUGCUUUAUUUCCGGGUCAUCAGUCCAGAGGAGAUAGGGUACAUCUUCAGUGCAGCACCUGCCAAAGACUUUGGAGGAGAUUUUACGUAUUCAUAUGAUAAGAUUUUCCUGGUGCCAGCAGACCCAGCAGACGGCUGUUCAGACCUGGAGGACAGAGAAAUCAUACAGGGACAAGUAGUCCUGGUGGAGAGAGGAGGUUGCUCCUUUGUGCAAAAGGCCCGACAUGUGGAGGAAGCAGGAGGCAAAGCAGUUCUGAUUGCUGAUAAUGCGGUGGACAAUGACAGUCAGUACCUGGACAUGAUCACUGAUGGAAGCACGGCUAAACCCAGCAUACCUGCUCUAUUCCUGCUGGGGCGUGAUGGAAUGAUGAUCAGACGAUCUCUUCAGAGACAUGCAAUGCCGUGGGCUGUCAUUGCCAUUCCUGUCAAUGUUUCCUCUCUGGCCUCGUUUCCACUCAAGCAGCCCCCAUGGACACUGUGGUAGAACAUGACGCACAUUCACAACUUCAUGCCCUCCCUAAACAUUUGGUGCGUAUCCUAUCGGUUGUGAAUCAACUCACAGUUGCACAGGGAAAUAAUUUGGUGGUUGUUAAACAAAACCACACACACACUAGAGGUGAACCUGUUUAAAUGACCGUAUUUAUACAUGAUUAUCUCACACUCAAACACACAGCCAAAGUCAACAACAAGCAGGCCUCACGGCAUGUUGAACUUUACUACACAAUGCAAAACCAGCAAACCAGAAAUGUCACCUUACUGGAAACAUUUAAAAUAAAUUCCUGCUUAUUUGCAUGAACUUAAACUGUGUUAUACAAAAUGUAUCUUUUGCUGCCUCAUAUAAUGUAUUGUCUUUCUGAAGUAAAAAUCUAUUUUCUGUCCUUACAUCCCUGAAGCACUCUGACUACUUGUAUUACUCCUGAUGCAGAAAAGAGCCAUUUGUAUUCAAAUGUUUUACACUAUAUUGUUUUUGGUAAACAAGUGUAUACAAAGUAAAGAUAGAAAACGUGAGUAUAGGACAAAUGAACUUUUGUGAAAAUGAUGACUGUGAUCAGUAUGACUUUUUGCAAUUAUUUAAAAACAAAUGUAAAGAUAUGUUUGUCCCCGAAUAGAUUAAUCUUUAGGCCAGUGUUUUUAACGCCCAACGAAGCACAGUAUUCGUCACUUUGUCUUACUUGGACUACAUUUUCCAUCUUAAAUAGCGUCUCGCUGCAGAGCUCCAGGCCGCCUCUUCCUGUCUUGUGGUCAUGUUUUAGGAUGGAAAAUAAUCGCUCUUCCUUAUCAAUCAAUAACAUUUACAUGCUGCUGUAUUAUAUUUCACUGUAUACUAUUGUAUAGCCCUUAUCAGUAUUAAAGUAGCUUGUGUAAAAUGAGUACAUUGUAUACUUAAACCUCAAAUAUAAUUGUAUUAAGUUAUUAAACCAAUUUACAGUAGUUUUGUGCCGAUAGUUUACAGAUUAAAGAAUUUUAACAUUAAACCCACUGGAUUUACAAUGUAUUAGAGUUGCAACUAUGUUCUUUAUUAUCAGUAAAUAUCAUUGCUACUCUUUCAGUCUUCCUGCUUGUGUUUAGACAAAUUUAAAUGUCUUGUUUAUUUUUGCUGUAGUGUGCUUUAAUUUGCCUUUUUUAAAGAUAGCAUUUUUUUUAGAGGAUAAAUGUUUUCAUUUAGGUUUUAUUUUUCAGUUAUAUAUUUAAAAAAAAAAAGAAAAAUAUUGUAUUUAUUUUAGCUUUUUUUGAUUAGGUAUUUUCAGUUUAAACUCAUAUCAGAGAAGUGUAUUAUGGUCUGUACAUGUGUCUUUCACUUAGCAUUUAAGCUGUAGAAAUGAUCUAUCAUUUAAAAUUGUAUUAUAUCUUUAAGUCUUGUUGAUCAUUUAUGUUUUGUUAAAAAGGGGCAUACAGCAAAUUAUGAAUUUAAAUACAUGGCUUAGAAGAUAUCAAUUAUUAAAGAUUUACAGUUUUG